GAGCGCCGCGGAGCCGCCAUCGCCGUCGCCAUCAUGCUCGCCGCGGCGGUGCGCAGGUUUGCCACCUCUGCCGUCCGCAGGGGCCACUACGAGGACGGGCCCGGGAAGAAUAUUCCAUUUUCCAUUGAAAACAAAUGGCGACUACUGGCAGUAAUGUGUGUGUUUUUUGGAAGUGGCUUUGCUGCCCCUUUUUUUAUAGUCAGACACCAGCUCCUUAAGAAGUGAAGAGGAUGGAAUGUACUCCUGCUGACUGGCAUUGAAGCCUUCUACACAGCAGCUCUCAAUGGAAAAAGGAUGACUGCAAUUGUGUAACAUGCUGGAUGUGUCUGUAAAUAAAUCUUUAAUCUGACUG